AUGCAGAAAGUCAAGGAGUGGCUCAAGCCAUUUUCUGAUUAUUUUCUUAAUGGUUUCUCUGACACUUUUCAAUUACUACUCGAUAAUUUCCUCGGGGAUUAUCUUGAAGACCCAAAAUAACUGAAUAUGGGCACUUUGCUCAAAGGAGUUGAGAUGUUGAAGCUCAACAAAACCUUCAUCAAUUAACUUCUCGGCCAAAGUUUGUUUACUCUUGAAGAGGCUUACAUAAAGUCUAUCAAAGUGGCUAAUUUAAAGUUUGAGGCUAGUGGAGUCAAAUUGGUGUUUGCACUGGUGAAGGAAAUCAAUAUAGACGAGUUAAAGGAAUAUUUAGAUAAAACUGAGGAGGCAAAAUAAAAGGAGAUCUUAAAGCUCAAUCAAUUGGCUCAGUUAAGAGAGGAAGUUUAUAAACAUUCAGAAUUCGAGUAGAGUGUAGACUUAACUAAAUCGAUGGGACCUCAAACAGGACUCAUUCAAUUCUUAGGCUUGGUUGAUACCUUGUUAAGUAAUUCCUCAAUUACGAUCAAGAAUAUUGAAAUUAUACUAAUAGCAGAAGGAGGAAAAUAAUAUGAAUUCCAUAUUCAUCAUACUAACAUCAAUUUUCAGAAGCAAAAUCUUAAUAAUUUACUUUUUAUAAGCUUUGGAAUAGAUCAGAUAGAACUCUAAUUGGAAAAAGAGUAAAUAGCCUUAAUAGAAAAUGCCUUAAAAUUUGAGAUGGUAGUGGAAACCAAAAAUGGGAGAGUGAACACAAAGGUGGAUGGAAAGAUCUCUUCCUUGGAUAUCGUACUCAAUACGAAGCAAAUUAAAAAUCUAUUGUCGACUGCACAAAAAUGCUUAUCGUUAACUGAUGAAUUGAACAAAAUCAUGAUGGAUUUAAAAGGAGAAACAUUGGUAGAAUUUGAUGAUGACUAAGAAUUCUAAUAAAAAUUAGAAAAAACAGAGUUCUCCUUUAUAAAUUCUCAAAACACAGUAACAACCAAUAAAAAGAAUGUACAACCUAAAUUAGUUCCCAAUUUCUCAUAUAUGGAUACUCUUAAUAAUAACUUAUAGUAGUCUUUGGCCUAACAUCCUAUUCCUCAACAAAAAGAAAAACAAUUCAUUGAGUUCUCUCAGAGUAUCUUCAAUACCUCACAAGAACAAUUGGAUUUUGGAAGCAGGAGUGUGAAAAAUUAGGCUGAGACUUUUAAAUGCUAAUUUGAUGGUAUUAGAAUAGCUGUAAGUGAAAAUUCAUAAACCUUUCCAAAAUUAAAAGGAAGAUUCUUCUAAGAUCUUGAAAGUCACUUCUUUAUUGAAAUCAUUAAGAUCUAGGGAAGCUACCAUAAAGAUAAUAUCAAAUUUUAAAUACAAAGUAUUGGAGCUCACAGGGUUAGAGCAGAUUCCAAUAAUGCUAUCAAUAUAGUUUAAAGCUAAGAGAUCUUUAGAAGCUGUCUUGAAAACCCUAGAUAUCAAUUCUAUGUAACUCCUGUGAUAAUGAUGGGAUUGGGAGAAUAGGGUAGGGUAGAGUAAGACUUUGCCAUAUAUAUAUUUGACAAACUCUAGGAGGAAUGUAAACCGUGCAAGGCAUUGGAAAUGUCUAUUCAAAUCUUCAAUGGCAAAAAUAGAGAAAAGUUUUAUAUGGCAAAUAUGCAGGUCUCAGAUUUCAUUGGUUCCUUAAACCAUGAAUUAUGUUUAAAUCUAAUGCAAUAUCUCCCUUAGAGCGAAGUAUAGAAAUUACCAGACUAGGAAAUCAAAAAGCCAUGCAUGUUUGGAUUUGACAUAAAACUCCCAUAUGUUAAUCUAAAUUACUUCAUAAACAAUAAACCUAUUUCGUUAAGAGCGAAAGAUAUCAAACUCAAAUAAACUCCCGUUAAAAAAUUCUCACAUAAAUUAGGAGCUAUUGAAGCUUAUGAGGGAAUCCCUAAAAAUGAGAAUCCUUUACAAUUCCUUUGCAUCUCCUUUUUCUCAAUUUGGAUUGAGUUUUCAGGAUAAAACAUAGUGACUAUUGGAUAGAACGUAGUUGAUGAUUUACAAAUAUAUCCAUUAAUUUACAUAAGCUUUUAAGAAAAGAAAGAUGUCAAGAAGAAUGGCAAAUCAGAUUUAAGAGGGGCAGUUCAAUACAGAUAAGAGAGAAGUGAAACCCUCAUCAGAGGAUCACUUCCCUUAGUUGAUGUUCGAAUCACUUAGGAACUAUUAUAUUGGUUGAUCUCAUUAAAUUAAUAUUUUGAGAAGCAAUAGAAUUUAACUAAUAAAAAGAAACCUUAGCGUUAAUUAAAAGAGGAAUCACUUACUUAUAUACAAUUAAAUAUAGAAUCUUCAUCCUUAAAUAUGUUGGAUCAUUUAAAUAAAGAUCUAUUACAAAUUGAUUUAGAAAAAACUACUCUUAUUUCUUCUAAAUAAACUAUUAUAUUAGUUCAAAAUAUAUUGGUUAUUGAUAAUUAAUGUCCUUUGGUGAAAUUUAAUAGAAAUAUACUCUAAUAAACAAUUAAAAAAUACUCUGCAACUUAAAUUAUGUUAUAUAGAACACACUCAAAUUAAUUUAGUUCUUAGAUUAUUUUUGCAGGAUAAAAGCGAUUAUAUUAAAAGCCAAUCGAAGUAGAUUACGACAAUUAUAUUUUUAAAUUGUAACUUGGUAAAAUGAUGAGAAUAUCAAUUCAGAAUAUUUGUCUAAGAAUACCUGAUUUCUAAUUCACUUCAUUUAAAAAGCUGAAUCAUAUUUUAUAAAACUUUAAAUAGAAUACAUAAAAGUAAUAACAACACUAGGCUUAGCAAGAAAAAGAAAUGGAAAUUGAAAUCAGAGUUCAUAAUAACUUAUUUUUGGAUAUCUUUCCAAUCAAUGAAGUAGAAGAACUAUCUAAUUAAGGAUUGUAAACCAUCAAAGAGUUCUCGAAUAGUAGAGCUUUAAUUCAUAUCGAAGAAUUGGUUUACAAUAAAAGCUCAACCCUAUAAUAAGCUAGAUUAUACGUUGGCAGACAAAAUGGAUUGGAGUUUCAAUGUCCCUUAAUUCUUGAGAAUUAUUUUGAGAAAUUAAAUGCUUUUUAAUUCACAUCAGUACUAACAAUUGAAUAACUUAAAUUUAUUAAUAAUACCAUUAGAGUGGAUUUAAUCAAGGGCAAUUUCAGAUUUGACAUCAUUUAAACAAUCCUGGAAAUCAAUGAAGAAUUAUAACCUUACAUUCCUUAAACUGUUCCUUAGGAUCCUACAAAAAAAGAAUAUUUUAUCUAAGGAGAUUUCUCUAAACCACUAAUUGAAGGAGAGCAAUUAGAUAAUAAAAUCGAAAUAAUCAUAGGGAAAUUGCUGAUCCAUUUGGAAGAAGGACAUACUUUUUAUUAAAUGCCACUUUAUAUGGAGAAUACAAAUUCUAAACAUAAAACUUUUGGAGAAGAGCUCUAAGAAUACGUUGAAUAGUCUGAUAAGAUUCAAAAUAAAACAUUAGACACUGUUAGUUUGUGUUUUACAAAUGUAAAUUUAUAAACAGAGUUAUAUUCCAAAGGGUAAACUGGUAUUAAAUUCUAAUCUCAUUUUGAAAUUGAAGAUAAUAUUAAAGAUUCUAAAUUCAAGCUCCUAUUAAGUCCAGAUACAGAAACAUUUUGUUCAGAGGAUAAAAGUUUUCCAAUAGAAAUUGGUUUAAUCUUGGAAAAUUAAGCCUACACAGCAUCUGUAAAGAUUUCUCCAAUGAGAAUCUGCAUAUCUGGAGCUUUCCUUUAAUUUGUUUUCAAUUUCUAAAAUAGUUAAAGUUGGAUACAAAAAUAAAUUUAUGAGGAUCAGAUUCAAAUUUUUAAUUCUGUCCAAAAAUCGCCUUAGAUUUGGUUGAAGGGUCUAUAAAUUAUUGACACAUGCUUCAAUCUUUCAUAUGAUUCUAAAGGAUUGUAAAUGGAUGAUCUCCUGAAGGGGUUGUUAAGAAUUAGCUCAUUUUAUGAUUUACAAAUACCGAUAAAAUAUAUGAACUCCUAAAUUCGAGGAUCUCCUGAAGAAGUAAUUAAUUGUGUUUUAACAUAAUUCUAAUAAAGUUUAGGCUCUAAAUUGAUGAUUGCUGGUAAAGCAUUAACCACUUUGGAAGUCUUCUCAACAGUUACUAAUCUAGUGAAAGGCACUUUAAAUUUACUUCUAAAACCAUUGGAGGAGGGAUUUCUUAAAGGUACUAAAAAAGGAGUCUAAGAAUUCUCUAAUUCCUUAAUAAUUGCCUUACUCAAUACCUUGAAGGUUCCUUCGUCAGUGAUUAUAACUGGAGGUGAAACAGUGGGCUUAUAAUCUUUGACCCUGCCGUUCAGAUUCGUUAAUGAAAGAAGCAAUUAACUCUUAGAUAAAAUUAGUCCUUCAAUGAUUCCAAAAAGAUUCUUCAAAAGAUAGUGA